AACAACCUGGCCACGUGCUUUAGCAUCUUUGGUGUCCCCGAACAUACGGACAGCACGGGGCCUACUUUGACAGCGAAAGAAGGUCACCGUCUGAACGUGAAUAGCACUUUUGGAACUCUCGUCGGAGAUUGUCUCAGGCAGUACUGCGAAGUACCAGAUCCAGAACUGGAAGGGUGUGAUUUGGAGGGUUACACUCCGAGCGAUUAUUAUCGCAUAUUCACUCUCCCCAGACAGGAAUUUGAGACCACAACCUGUAGGAGUGUCGAUAAUGACGUGAAUCAAGAUAUCGGUGGUGUGGGGGUACAUCUACCUGGAACAUACGGUCUCAUGCCUUUCCACAAGACUUGCUAACAGCUAUUAUCCCGCGUAAAUCACAGGUCUUGCUCUCAUUCACGAUGCAGUCCGCCAUCCUGCUAUACGUCCAUUUCGCUGUUCUCAUACUGAAAGUCAUCCCCGCAGUCACACGAUGUAUCCGUCGGUGUACCAAGGGGGCACGAUCCAUGGCCAAGAUCCAGUUUGGCCAGCACCAUUUCUCGGUUCUCAAAUCCAUGCUGGUGGAGUUUCAAGAGGCACAAUGCUUCUUCAUGCUUUCCUUCCAGUGCGCUGCUCUGAUUGCUCUUGCGGCGGGCCCGCAGGUUUUCGAGGCAACCAGCUUGUUGCAGCUACAGUCGAACAUUUCCAUGGCCAAAGCUGUUGCAUUCAUGGGUAUCCUUCCUAUUACGUACGGCUUAUGGAUACUCCAUAGGAUUGGCUUGCAUUCAUGGUAUAUCUCCGUGUGGUCCGCUAUCACAAUUGUGACGUCUAGCGUCACGCUGCAUCUGUGCAAGGUGGAGCCUCGAGCGGACAAUCUACAGGAGAUCGCGACAGCAGAUCGUCUCGACAAAUGUGGUUUUUCCCCUCCUCCUCUCAUAUACUGCGGCUCGGAUUCCGAGAUGGGGUCAAACUAUGACAUUGUCAAUAAUUUGAUCUUCGGACUGUCCGAUAAUUCCGUGAACUUCGUCUGCAUUGCGAUCUACGGACUCCUCCUUUUGAAACGCCUCGCCCCUUAUCCCCAGCGAUGGCUCGGCCAGAUGCCCUGGUUUCAGGCAACUUACCACCGCGUCCACCCGUGGCUAAAAUCCAGAGGAGUCAGGAUCCUUUCGAGGACCUUGAAUGUGAUCAUUGAAACCCUUCUCCUACUCGCCAACUUCUUCUAUCCUUUCAUGGUUAUAACACGAAGCCUUCCGAUGAUCUCACUUGACUCGUGGAGUUUCGGUCAAAUCAUCGCCGUGACUAUCUGGUCUCCCAUCAUCAGCAAAUAUCUCUACUGGCUUUUGUUCGGCACGGACUCCUACUCCGCCAUCCGAUUCCCAUCCCCUUACAAAAUCAUCCGAGUCAAAACAGUCAGCGAAGAAGACAAUCCCGACGACGAAGAUCGUCUUUUCAUUCACCUCCCCUCCACAAGUGACCUGAACAUCAACCCGAACUCGAAAAAGUUCAUAGUCACCGACGUAGAAUUGACCCCGGUUAACGACUCAAAGACAUCGUCGGUUAGUACGCGGCAUUCCUGAUCUCAUAUCUAGGUAUGUCCACUUUUGUACUACUAUCAUAGAAACCAUGCUCCGUGUUUCGGGGGUGUUCUGGGGGGGUACAUUGGCUGGUUGGGUUUGGCGUCUAGGUUAUGUGAACCAUGUGUGUGUACUGUAUAUACUUGUUAGAUUCGGGAUGUUUGAUUAGUUAGAAUAGAUAUGCAGGGGAUAUA